CUAUUCAGGAUCUUUCUACGUUCUUGUUGUGCCAGGGUGAAAAUGCACGAUGGCAGUGGAAUGUUAUCGGGAGUUCGCUUUGGCUAUGAAAAUCGCACAAUGCAACCCAGAAAUGGGAUUUGCGACAAAAUUGAAAAUUACAUAUCCGAGCUGAGACAGUGGGCAGUAUGGAAGGCGAUAAUAAUGGGCCAAUUUCUAUCGGUGGUGCUCUGUUUUAUGACGCUUUUCAAUCAUCAAAUGAACACAUCUGAGCACGUGUCCCUUCCCACAGCACAAAAUGUCCCGCAUUAUGUAAUGAUGUGUCUCGUCUACACAACAUGGUUAUCCUGUAGGGGUGCAGGACACGGCCUAAUUUCCGUAUUAAGGGCAAGGGGUUGGCGAUACUUGCUUUUGGCUCUAAUAGAUGUUGAAGCUAAUACUCUAAUUACGUCCUCACAUCGUUUCACUAGUUUAGCCAGUAUACAGUUGCUGGACUGUGUGGCGAUUCCAGUAGCACUGGCACUUUCAUGUCUAGUACUUGGCGUGAGAUACAGAAUGGUCCAUAUAGUGGGAGUUUCAAUUUGUCUAAUGGGUGUAGGAUGUCUAGUCUGGGCUGGAAUUGAUGAGGAGAAAGAUCCUGCGUCAACAGGAAAAAAUCAAUUAGUUGGUGACAUGCUAUGCCUCGGGGGUGCUGUAUUAUUUUCUGUUAUUACGGUUUUGCAAGAAUUGGCUGUCAAAACUGUCGAUAUAAUUGAGUACCUAGGAAUGAUCGGAUUCUUUGGCACAAUUCUCAGUUGUACUCAAGUUGGAGUUUUAGAGCGAUUACAACUCGAAACCUUUCGUUGGGACGAUGUAUUAACAGUGACAUAUUUGGUUGUUUAUUCCAUCACACAAUUUGUUUUCUAUUCUCUCAUUCCAGUCAUUCUAUACGAAUCUGGAGCAACGGCCUUGCAAUUGUCAUUAUUAACGGCCGACUUCUUUAACGUUUUAUUCGGCAUACUCAUUCAUCGCUACAAAUUCCACACUCUGUACUUCCUGUCUUAUAUGCUUACCAUGAUGGGCGUCUAUAUUUAUGCGAUAAAACGAACCCCAAUGUCGACAAGUUCACAAAGACAACGCCCAGAACCUCCACCUGCUCCAGAUUAUAGACACAUAUCUCAUGAUUUGGAAAUGGCAACCAGUUCAGGAAUGUCUGGAAUGAGCGGAACUUUCGAUAUACGAACAUCAACAAUAGGAAGUGAGGGAGAAAUAAUGGAUGCUACUAGUUUACCAUUAAGUGUGAGUUCCGACACUGCAUUUACAUCCUUUUACGGGAGCCAAGCAAAUUUAAAAGUUCCAUCAAGAUCUGGAAGAACUCCAUCCAAUUCAAAUGUGAAUAACGAGAAUGCCAUUAUUAGUGCAUCUUGAUGAUAAUGCGCUUCAACGCAUAUGGUAAUAAUAUAAUAAUUACUAUUAUAAUAAGAAUACGUUUUUGUAUAAUCGAAAAAAAAAUCGUUUUCACUGGUGAAUGAAAAAGAAAAGCGAAUCGCGUACGUGUUUUAAUAAAAUAAUUUUUUAAUUUCCUUUAUUAAGGUAUUAAUUUUAAAAAAAUGCAAAAAUGUUUCAAAUCUUAUUUCAAUGACUUAUUAAUUAAUUUGAAUAACUUAAUUUUAUUUAAUUGUAAAUAAAGCACCAGUGAAGACAAUGAACCAUUUAUGAAGUAAUCGAUAAUAAUGCCUAAACUUAUUUCAUCGAUAUCUUCAUAUUCAUUUUCAAACUCAUAUAUAUAU